UUUGUUAAAGAAACAAAAAAAAACCAACGAAAUUAUAGAAAAAAAAUGACCACGUUACAAAAUUGGAAAAAUCAAGUGGAAAAACUUUAUAAAGAAAUUUUAAGAAAAAAACAUGAUAAUCAUAUCAAAACGGUUGAGGAUUUGGCAAAGAAUAAUCUGCAACGAUUAUUGAAGAAUAAAUUGUUUAAAGCUGUUCAAAAAUCAAGCCUGGAUGGAGAAAAGAUUCCACCACCUAUCGAAUUUGAUGAUGUUCAUCCAAGAAUCGAGCAUACAAUCGUCGAUAGUUUCGAGCCAUCACGAUCAUUUGUUAUACCUAAAUAUUAUCUCAAAGAUGUUCCAAAAACACCAUUAAUGCAUGUUUGGGCACCAGUAAUGAAAAAUGUUCAUAUCGAUGAUGAAACAACUUUACAUCAUAUACCAUAUCUUGGUGAUUAUGUUUAUGAAAAUGAAGAUAAUUUUAUUGAAGAAUUAUUAACAAAUUAUGAUGGAAAAAUUCAUUGUGAAAAAGAAAAUUUUACUGAUGAUAUUCUUGUGGAAUUGAUUGAUAAACUUAAUCCAUUGGUUCUGGUGGCUAAUGAUGAUGAUGAUGAUAAAGAUGAUAAAGAUGGUUCGGAAAAUGUAUUUGAAAUCAUAUCGAAUGUUUUUGCUGAUAAAGGAUCAGCUGAAAAUUUAAAACAACGUUAUGAUGAUUAUAAAAUCAAAAAACUCGAUCCAAUGGAAACACCACCAAAUAUUGAUGGUGAUCUAGGAAAAGUUUAUUCAUUCGAUAAAAUAAUGCAUUCAUAUACGAAUCUAUAUUGUCGCCGUUGUCAUACAUAUGAUUGUACGGAUCAUACAUUUUAUAAUGUAAAAUUUCGUAGCAAAAAUGAAGGCCGUAAUAAAAAACAAAAUCCAUGCGGUAAAGAAUGUUAUUUAAACAUGGAAAAUCUAUCAACCGAUUCUAGUGAUGAAGAUCCACGAAUAAAAUCAGCCAUUUUGGAAAAAAUAAAAUUCGAUUCCUGGAACAAUUUGGAUCGCACAUUAUUCAAUGUGGCCAUGAAAUCAUAUUAUAACAAUUUUUGUAAUAUUUCAACAUUGAUUUCUAAACCAUGUAUCGAAGUGUUUGCCUAUUCCGAACACAUUAAAGAUGAUGUUGACAGCGAUGACACCAAUAAUGCAUAUGAAGAUAUGCGUAAUAAAAAGAAAAAAAAGAAACCAAAUAAAUGGUCAGCACAUUGUAAAAAAUUACAACUGAAAGAUUCAUCAUCGAAAAUAUUGAUUAAUUAUACACCAUGUGAACAUUUGGAUUCAAAAUGUGAUCAAUCCUGUUCAUGUGUACGUAAUAAAUUGAUUUGUGAAAAAUAUUGUGCCUGUAGUAAAGAUUGUCCUGAACGUUUUCCUGGCUGUCGAUGUAAAGCACAAUGUAAUACAAAACAAUGUCCAUGCUAUUCAGCUGUACGUGAAUGUGAUCCAGAUAUUUGUGGUACAUGUGGAGCUGAUCAAUCGGACUUGCAAAAUGUUCGAUGUAAAAAUAUUGCUAUUCAACGUGGCCUAAAAAAGAAAUUAAUUCUUGGUGUAUCCGAUAUUGCUGGCUGGGGCAUAUUUUUAAAUGAUGUUGCCGAAAAAAAUGAUUUCAUAUCUGAAUAUUGUGGUGAAAUGAUCUCACAAGAUGAAGCGGAUAGAAGAGGCAAAAUAUAUGACAAUAAUGGCUCUAGUUUUUUAUUCAAUCUCAAUAAUGAUUAUGUAAUCGAUGCAAAACGUAAAGGAAACAAAAUUCGUUUCGCAAAUCAUUCAAUCAAUCCAAAUUGUUAUGCUAAAGUAAUGAUGGUCAAUGGUGAACAUCGGAUCGGUAUAUUUGCUAAACGUAAAAUUAAAAAAUUUGAAGAAUUAUUUUUCGAUUAUCGUUAUGGACCAAAUGAUCAGCUGAAAUUUGUACGAAUCGAACGUGAUCAACAAUUGAAUUGAAUUUUUUUUAAUCAAUUAAUUAUUAUUUUCAGUUUUAAAAUUUUUACUUAAUGAUAUGGAUUAAUAAAAUUUUCAAAAAUUCAAAAAACAAAAAAAAAACAAAAUGGAUUUAUUCAUAGAUAAAGUGACAACAUGCAAAACAUCGUGAUCAUCAAACAUGGCCAAACAACAACAACAAUCGAGCAAUAGAGAUUUAAUUUUAUGUGAAAAUAAAUUCUUCGUGGAUAAAAGUAAACCGGAGAAUUUAUUCAAUUUUAAAUCAGCCGAAAAAAGGGGUGAUGAUAAACAAUCUACUGGAAAUGACUCGUCAUUCAAAACGGAAAAAUUAACAUCAAAUGGUUUGUUCGAAUGAUUCUCUUUGAUAUUUCUGUCAAUUUCAAAUUUUUUCCUUUUCAAAAUACUAGUUCUUCCUCGAAUAAAGGAUUUUAUGGAUGCAUUGAAAUCAAAAAAUCCUUUGGAUGAAUGUUAUAAUAUCGAAAAAAAAGAUGAUGAUGAUGAUGAUGAAGAAUCCAACGUAGAUGAUACGAAUUUGGAACCAAAGAAAAAAUUGCAAUUGGAUAUAUUAUUGUUUGAAAAUGAAAAUGAUUCCGAUGAUUCUAGUGAUGAUG